AUGCCAAAAAUACCAAUUCUAACCGAGGGUAUUGAACAUAUUAUUCAGUUAACUCCACAACAUCCUACCCGACUAAAAUUCGAUAUACCAGAAGGAAUUCCAUUAUGGAUUUAUAUAACUCCAUGUGGUGGAAACGUUCACUGGCAGCUAUUUCAUUUACCAAGUUCACAUAACAAUGACAAGGCGAAUGCGUUAUAUAGUAAUAUUUCGAAUAAAAUUAUGUUACCAAUGAUAUAUGAAUUUAUUGAUGCCAAUUUCAAUUCACGAAUGAAAUUGUUGGGUGGCGAAGACGAUGAAAAACGAAUGGCUUUUUAUUCAGAAAAAGUCAAUCCAGGAAUGGUGAUGCUUUUACUUAAAUCGAACGUGUUCAGUACCGCUCGUAUAUUCAUUACUACAAAAAAAUGGCUUCUUGACGAUCAUUACCCACCAAUGCCAACAAAUACAGGCAUUUCUUACGAUAUUAUAAAAUCUCAUCAUAGCGAAUUUAAUGAUGGAAUGAUGGUGCGCGUUAAAUGGGAUAUUCCACGAAAAAUACGCGAACUUAAGCCAAAUUCGCAAAUAAAUCGGUAUCGAUUCUGUGCUGUGGUUAGCCGAAGACAACCGGAUUGGACGAUUUGUGAUGAACUCGGUGAAAAUCUUGAAAGUAUUCAUUGUGUCAACCAGUCAGUGAAUACACUGGAAAUUGACAAUAUGAGAGCAGGUCGAAAAUAUUUCAUAACUAUAUUUUUCCGAGAUGCUGUAAGUGGAGGAACAACUGCAUUACGACCAGCUGAAAUUUUAUUGCCUGAAAUCGGCAAUCACAAAGAUAAAGCAAGGAUAGACAAAUCAGAAAAGUUUAAAGUUAUUGUGCACAAAUUAAGCGAUGCUCGAUUACAAGCUGGCAAACUUACUGGUCUCAAGGGAGCGAUUAAAAAUUUUGAUUUUGAUGUACAUAGCUAUAGCAAUAAAUCGCAGAAGGUGCUUCUUGUAUUGCACGCAUGUGAUGGUUACAUUCGUGUAGCAAUCUAUCGCAAUGGAAGACUGCUGCGACGAUCGGAUCCAUUCAGCGGCUUUAGAAGAUUUUUAGUAAUGAAUGCUCUUUCGGGGCAUCUUACCUUCCAAAUCAUCAAUGAUGAUUCAAAACCAAAAGUCUUCCGAUUAUGGGCAAGUGUGAAUCCAGAGAAAAGCCCAUAUCCACAGCUGCCCGACAAUACAAGCAUCAAGGAGGUGCGACGAAGUUGCUCAUCCACAACACUGCAAUGGCUGAAAGCUGCUGACACCAAAAUAAGAUAUUGUUUAUAUAAACGAAAAGAAACUGUUCACUAUUUGGAAGAAUUAGUCAGCAAACAUAUGAAUUUAUGCUCUGGUAAAAUGCCUCAAAGAGAUUUAGUUGGUUGCCAUGUUAGUUUCGAUAAGCUUAGUCUGAAACAAUCGCUUACGCCAGAUUUCAUCAAAACCUAUGUGAAUAGUGCAAAUGAAUAUAGUGAUGAGGAUUCUGAGGGUAUUAUUGAAAGAACAGUGGAUGAUCUUGAGCCAGAUACUACCUAUCGAUUUGAUUUACUCGCACAACCGUUGCGAGUCAACAGUCAAGAAUUACCGUAUCGAACAGUUUGGGUAAAAACUCGGGCUUUCUGCUGA